AUCAAGUCUUCAUCCUUCCUAAUUUCCCACCCGUCCCUAAUUUCCCAAAUCAACUCCAUCCUCACCGUUGCUGAUCCCCGUUCACUUCACCGGUUUCGUCGCACCACCGUCUUCACUCCAUCCUGACCGUCGCUCCACCUUGGCCGUUGCGGCGUUGCUCCACCACCAUCAUCACUCUAUACUCAUCGGCUUCGUCGCACCACUGAUAUAUAUAGAUAAAUGCUGGGAAUCCAAUUCGUGCCCGGAUAGUACUUAGUAGAAGAUUUCAACUGUUUUGCCGAAAUUGGCAAUGCGGAACUUCUUACAACGGAAACUGCUCCGUCGCUCUCCAUCCUUGUCAGCCUGGUACUAUUCUUCAUACUCCUUUGCACAGUCAUACGAUUCCGAUCAGUGGCGGCGGCACCACCACCAUUUAAUCCACCCAUUGUCACCGUCACGACCUGUGUUGUCUUCGCUUGCUAGCACUCAACAAUUUCUAGUGCCUUUCUGUGUUUGUUCCUUCUCCCGUUCUUUCUCAACCCGUGAGUCUGCCUCCAUUGAAGGCGUUCCAUGUCAAGACAACGACUUUACGGAUAGUCAGUCUGCUACGCCGUCUGACCUAUUUCUUGGCGGCGAUGUAGUUGGUGGUGGGAGUGUUGAAGAACCUAUUCUUCCAGUUCGCGUUUUGAUUUCGUUGCUAGAUGGCUACCACGACCUUACGGGGUUCCCAUGGUGGGCUGUUAUUGCUUCUGGAACAUUGGCAAUGAGGCUUGCACUACUUCCAUUUACAGUGUUGCAACUUCACAAGUUGAAGAGGAUUGGAGAGCUACUUCCCAAGUUACCCCGUCCUUUUCCACCACCUAUGUCAGGAAGGACAUUCAAAGAUCAAUUUCAACACUUCAGGAGAGAGAAAAGUGCAGCUGGUUGUCCUUCGCUUCUAUGGUUUAUUGCAUCAUUCGCCGUCCAGGUGCCUUGCUUCCUCCUGUGGCUUACAACUAUAAGGAGAAUGUCACUUGAUCAUCAUGAUGGAUUUGAUUGGGGAGGAACACUAUGGUUUCAGAAUUUGACAGAAGUCCCAAAUGGUACCUUAGGCCCCAUAUUUCCCUUAUUGAUUGCUGGCCUGCAUUUUGUUAAUGUUCAGGUUUCCUUUCAGAAAAUGUUCACUAGGACGGGGGACACUUUUGAUUCAUUAGCCAAGUACUACAAGCUAUAUCUGGAAAUUUUGACCCUACCAAUUUUGUUCAUUUCAUUCAAUUUGCCCCAGGGGAGUUUAGUGUAUUGGCUUUCCAAUAGUUCAUUAAGUCUCCUUCAGCAAAUUUCUUUAAAGCAUCCAUACAUUCGCAAGAAAUUGGAGCUACCUGAUAGGGAUACUUCUGUAUUCGUUGCAAAACAGAAAGAGUUAGACAGCUCUGAGGAAGUGGAAAUAAAUACUUCAAGAGAGUCACGGAAGAUAGCAGCCCAAAAUCUGUCAGCCAAAGAACUUGUUAAUGUUUCUAUCAAAUUCUUAGCUAAAGGCCAGAAAGAUAUGGCUCUUAGACUACUGCGACUUGCUCUCGACAAGGAACCUGAUCAUGCAAGAGCUCUGAUUCUUUUGGGGCAGACACAAUUGCAAAAUGGUUUCUUAUCAGAAGCUACCGAAAACUUCGAGUGUUGUAUUUCCAAGCUACUCCUAAAUGGGCAUCCAACAGAAGUUGAGGAUGUUGAUAAUUUGAUUCUAUCAUCAGCAUGGGCUGGUGUAGCUUGUAUACGGCAGGGGAAGUAUGACGAGGGUAUUGUGCACCUAGAGAGAGUAGCUGUGAUGAAGGAGCCUGAGGAUCCAAAGACAAAAGCGCAUUACUACGAGGCUUUGAUAUUGUUCUCAAGUGCUUUAUACAAUGUGGGCCGGAAAGCUGAAGCUGCAAAGUAUUUGCGCAUAGUUGUUGCUUAUGAUCCUUCUUAUAGAGAAUUACUGGAACAAUGUGAAAAUGACGACAACACUUGAGAGCAUUCUCAAAAAAGUGGUGAAAAAUGAAUCUAUCAACAGUUGGAGAGCAGAUUAGUUUGGCUUCUGAAACCAUUUAGGAGAUCUAUUUUCAUACAUCUAUAGAUUUACUCGAGACUUUAUUGUUUUUGUUUUUAUUUUUAUGUAAUAAGGCCAUUCUUGGUGGUGAGAAAUUUUGGUGACUAAUUGAUAACAUUAAUCAUACAUACAUGCAUACAU